AUGCCAAGCGUCUCCACUGCCAAUCUCACGGCACCACUCCUCCUCCUGUUGCUAUGGGUGACCCAGCCCACCAUGGCAACCAACUGGCUCUCCCUGGCGAGGCUGCCUCGGUCCAGGCCCGUGUCCGGUGCUGCCCCAUGUGCGCGGCUGAGGGGGCUGACCCCGGGGCAGGUGGGGGUGUGCAGGGCACGGGGGGAGGUCAUGGAGUCCGUACGCAAGGCUGCCGAAAUGGUCAUAGAGGAGUGCCAGCACCAAUUCCGGAACCGCCGCUGGAACUGUUCCACCGCCCCCCGAGGGAUCAACGUAUUUGGCCGAGUCAUGAGUCAAGGCACUCGCGAGGCAGCCUUUGUGCACGCUCUGUCCUCAGCGGCCGUGGCGUUGGCCGUGACCCGGGCGUGCACGCGGGGGGAGCUGGAGAGGUGCGGCUGUGACAGGAAGGUCAGAGGGGUGAGCCCCGAGGGUUUCCAGUGGUCCGGCUGCAGUGAUAACCUGUCCUACGGCGUCGCCUUCUCACAAACCUUUGUGGAUGAACCGGAACGAGCCCGAGGGCUGUCUGCCGCUCGACCACUUAUGAACCUUCACAAUAAUGAGGCCGGUCGAAAGGCCAUCCUUCACAACAUGCAAGUGGAGUGCAAGUGUCACGGCGUUUCGGGUUCCUGUGAGCUGAGAACCUGCUGGAAAGUCAUGCCGCCAUUCCGGCGCGUCGGCGUCGUGCUCAAGGAGCGCUUCGACGGAGCCACAGAGGUCCGCCUGACUCGCAUUGGAUCCAGGACCGCUCUGCUCCCUCGCGACCCACAGGUGAAACCCCCCGCUGCCAGAGACUUGGUGUACCUUGCACCGUCUCCAGACUUCUGUCAGCUUGACCCCGACAACGGUAUCCCCGGGACCGCAGGCAGGAGAUGCAAUGGAACCUCUCGGUUGGCACCAGACGGCUGCGAGCUGGUGUGCUGCGGGCCUGGCUACAGAGCGGGCCGGGCCGAGGUGGUGCAGCGCUGCUCCUGCAAGUUCUCCUGGUGCUGCUCGGUCCGCUGCCAGCAGUGCAAGAACACUGUCACCAUUCACACCUGCAGAGUUUAA